UUAACCAUUUCAAUACCGGACACUUUUACCCCCUUCCUGUCCAGGCCAGUUUUAAGCUUUCAGCGCUAUCACACUUUGAAUGACAAUUGUGCGGUCAUGCAACGCUGUACCCAUAUGAAGAUAGAUGAAUACAUUUUGGCCAAGAUUUAUGAAGAAAGGUUAUUUAUUUGCAAAAUUUUAAUGUUUGGACUUUUUCAUUUUUAUAGCAAAAACAUAAAAAUCCCAGUGGUGAAUAAAUACCACCAAAAUAAAGUUUUAUCUGUCUCAAAAAUG